AUGGCAUUCAUCUUCAGCGGCCAAGGUGGACAAUACCCGCAAAUGGGAGAAUCGCUUGAUGUCUGCCCUGUGUACGCAAAGUCAAUUGCUCGUGCUUCUCAACAUCUAGCUGCAAUCGGUUGCCCAUGGGACCUGGUGACCGAAAUCACCAAGCACCCCGAAAGAUCUCAAAUCGAGGAGGCGGAAUUCUCGUAUCCUAUGACUGUGGCUGUGCAGCUUGCCAUCACAGAAGUCUUCGCCGAGCUUGGAGUAAAUCCAUCUUUUGUUUUGGGACAUUCGAGUGGUGAACUGGCGGCCGCGUACUGCGCCAAGGCAAUAUCAUUUGAAGAUGCAGUAACGGUGGCAUAUCAUAGUGGCCGGCUGAUCAGUGACCUAAAGAGGAAAAGGAGAGAGCAGCCCGGUGGUAUGCUAGCGGUUGGCGCCUCUUGCGAUGUGGUCAAUGCUUUGAUGGAUACAGACGCAAGUGCUGCCAUCAUUGGAACAAUCAAAAUAGCUUGCAUUAACAGUCCUUCUAGUGUCACGGUGUCUGGGGAUGAGAGUGCCAUUUUAGAUCUGCAACAGAAAUUGGAGACUAGAGGGAUUUUCAACCAAAAGCUGCACACAGGCGGCGCUGCGUAUCAUUCGCACCAAAUGAUUCAGAUUGCAGCCGAACUCUCACAGAAGUUAGAAACUAUCAAGGGAGCUCGGACUGACCCUUCCGUCACAAUGAUUUCCUCGUUAACAGGGGGUGUUAUGGGAGAAACAAUCCUGGGAAAGGAUUAUUGGGUGGAAAACCUGACCUCCCCUGUUCACUUCAUGGAGGCAACCAAGACACUGUGCCAAAAGUCUUCUAGUUCAAAUCAAGUUGAUCUCCUACUAGAGAUUGGGCCACACUUCCAACUCGACAAACCUAUCAAGCAGACUCUCCAGGUGCUUUACGGUGACGACCCUGAAAUAUCCUAUACCGGCACUUUGAGAAGAGGAUUCGACGCCGAGACAUGUUUGCUGGAUACUCUGAGAAUACUGUUUCUUGAAGGGUUUUCCGUGAGCCCACAGCUAGCGGUUCCCGCAAUUGACUCGCAAGCUGUAGAAGACCUUCCUGACUGGUCGUUUUAUGAUUCAACAUGUUCUGCCCAAAAGAACGGCAUUUCGAUAGUGGAUGAGGAGCCGAUUGCGGCAUCCCAGAGCCCAUCAAAAAUGGCACGUCUGCAGCCUGACAGAGGAUGGCGGAGAUCGACUCGUCCUCCGACCAAAAGCUCCAAGAGACAAGCCCCCAAGACAGAAAAUGAAAGGAUCCUCCACCGCAUAAUGUGCAAGGCUUUCGGUGUCCAUGAUGAGUUGAUAGGUACCGAAGACCAUUUCUUCCACCUGGGAGGUAACUCCGUCUUAGGGGUGAAUAUCUCUUCGGCUGCAAGACAAGAGGGAUUGUUUCUCCCCGUGUCCACGAUCCUUGGUCACCCGAGAUUGGUCGACAUGGCACAGGCAGCCAAACCACUUGUUGGCGAAGAAGAUAUCAAGAUCGAUCCAUUCUCACUGGUCCAAGUUGACGUCUCAGAUCUGCUGGCAGAAAUAACUCGCGACUGGGCGGUGAGUGCCUCCGAGGUCGUGGACGUGUAUCCCUGCACGCCUCUCCAAGAAGGCCUUAUGGUGAUCAGCCAAAGUGACCCGCGUACCUAUACCUAUCAAAAUGUUUACAACUUAUCUCCAGCUAUCGAUGUGGAGAAAUUUUGCAAAGCAUGGGAAGAUACCGUGAAGACCACCGUAAUUCUCCGUACAACUAUUGUUCCAACUCAAUCCGCGGGGACCUGUCAAAUUGUAACGACAAGAGAGAUCAAGUGGAAAUUUCCAUCUAAUCUGCAGGAUUAUCUAAAGUCUGACUUGGAAAGGGGUGUGGUCUAUGGAGGCCCUCUUGCACGAUAUGCCCUGUUCAAAGCCGACGAUGGAUCAAUAAAAUUCAUCCUCACGGCUCACCAUGCCCUGUAUGAUGGAUGGUCCCGACCUCUCAUUUGGAAGAAGGUUGAAGAAAACUAUCACUCCGAUACUCACAGAGCCGUGGGCUCAAUGCCGACUAUUCCAUUCAACUAUUUCAUUCGCCACUUACAAACAGCGGACCAAACAUUGGUGGAUGAGUACUGGAGGACACAGCUGUCCGGCUCGACGCCGUCAAGAUUCCCACAUGCGUUCCCUACGGGCUAUCGACCACAGGUGAAUGAGACUUUCGCCCAUCAAUGCAAAAGCUUUAAUCGGGACGGGGCGGGGGUCACCCGGUCCACAAUUAUCCGGGCAGCAUGGGCGAUAUUGAUGAACGAAUAUCAUGAGGGCUGCAACGAUGUUACUUAUGGGUUGACGACAAGUGGAAGGAAUGCUGAUGUGCCUGGAAUCGGGGAGAUGAUCGCUCCCACCAUCACUACCGUGCCGUUUCGCGUGCAGAUAGAUCUUGACGAGUCCGUGGACACGUUCCUUCACAGAAUACAGGCCCAAGAAAUCAAAAUGAUUCCAUUCGAGCAGGCUGGGUUGCAAAACAUAUCCAAACUCAAUUCUGAAUGCCGCCUCGCUUGUGAGUUCCGACAUGUUCUCGUUAUCCAACCAGAGCAGAAGAAUGGCGCUGAGCAAGUCUUCCCUGGAAUCAAAUCCUUCCAGGCCACUGAGCUUCAUGCCUAUGCGCUUAGUGCACAGUGUAUGCUCAGUGCCGACAAGGUCAAAAUUCAGAUUGAGUUUGAUAAUUCUCUGAUCAGCUCAUUCCAGGUUAAACACAUUUGCAGCCAGUUCGAAAGUGUAUUGGGUCAGCUCUCUCUUGGUGGACCACGUUCAGUUCGUGAACUACAUGCUUUUAGCGAGCUAGACAUGAAGCAGGUGCUGAACUGGAAUGACAAAUUACCCCAGGUAGAAACUCGGACCCUGACUGCACUGAUUGAGGCCCAAAUGCGUGAACAACCACACGCUCCCGCGAUUUGCUCUUGGGAUGGAGAUUUCACAUAUCAACAACUCGAUAGGCUGUCAAACCGUCUUGCUCGUCAUCUGAUUGAUUUGGAGGUUGGACCGGAAGUCUUUGUGCCGUAUUGUUUCCCCAAGUCUGCUAUGGCCAUUGUCGCCAUGCUGGCCAUUAUCAAGGCUGGAGGUGCUGGUGUGCCGUUGGACCCCGAAUACCCCGUUGAAAGAACCCAGGGCAUUGCUAGGGAUGCCGGUGCAACGGUCCUCAUUACCACCCCAGAGCUGAGUACCAAGUUUAAAGGCAUUGUACCCGCAGUCGUGCAUUUGAGCGAGGAUCUCCUUAAUCAUAUCACGCGGGAAGAUCCGAUCUUACCACAUCGUGCUCAACCUUGGAAUGCACUGUAUAUUCCCUUCACAUCCGGGAGUACUGGGAAGCCCAAGGGUAUUGUGAUUGAGCACAGCAUGUUUGCUUCCAGUGCAGCAGCACACGGCGAGCUUCUCGGUCUUGGACCACAUUCGAGAGUGUUUCAAUUUGCUGCUUAUACUUUCGAUGUGAAUUUUGCGGAUAUUUUCACCUCCUUGAUUCGAGGCGCAUGCAUUUGUAUUCCAUCCGACUUGGAGAGGAUGAACGACAUCACAGGAGCAAUCAACCGAACGAGAGCGAAUUCCGCAGUUUUAACUCCAACUGUCGCAGCAAUGUUCUGCCCUGAUCAAGUUCCAACUCUGAAGACACUCAUACUUGGAGGAGAACCUUUGACUCGAGAAAACGUUCGAGUUUGGGCAGAUCAUGUCAGUCUCUGGAACACAUUUGGGCCAGCAGAAUGCUGCGUGUACUGCGCGGCAUAUCCUCUUCGAACCUCAGACAGUGAUCCAGCCGUGUUAGGCUACGCUGUUGGAUCGAUCAACUGGGUGGUCAGCCCAUCUGACCACAACAAGCUCAGUCCUGUUGGCUGCAUCGGAGAGUUAGUCGUUCAGGGUCCAAUAGUCUCUCGCGGCUACCUCAAUGAUCCUGACAAAACCAAUGCUGCGUUCAUCGAGAAUCCAGCGUGGCUACCGAUUAAUUUCCCCGAAGAGCAUCGGAGGGUCUAUAAAACCGGAGACCUUGUGAGGUACAAUGCAGAUGGAACACUAAACUUUAUUGGGCGCAAAGAUACUCAAGUGAAGGUGCAUGGCCAACGGGUUGAGCUUGAAGAAAUUGAGGCCCACCUCUCCUACAGCUCACAAAUCAAGCAUGCACUGUUGGCUGUUCCGGGCUCUGGACUCUAUUCUGGACGACUUGUUUGCCUGUUGUCCCUGGGUGAGGCGACUGGAAUGGACAAAAGCAGAAGAUCAAAUGAUAUUGAACUGAUUGACAGUUCCAAGAAAGCUACCGCCGCCCAAGUGGUUUCAAUGACUCGCAAUUACCUGGAAGCAAAGUUGCCUCGAUACAUGAUACCUGCGGCCUGGGCAGUUUUGAAAAGCAUCCCCAUGAAUGCCUCCCGCAAGUUGGACAGGAAACUUCUGAAGAACUGGCUCGAGACAAUUGACGAAAGUACAUAUCGCUCCAUCGCCGAUGUGUCAAAUCUCAAAGCGACCAGGCAGCCCACCACAGACUUGGAAAAGCAGAUCUGCAACACGAUCAGUGUUGUACUCGCGUUGCCAAAUGACUCAGUUGGACUAGAACAUAGCUUUUUGUGGCUAGGUGGCGAUUCAAUUUCAGCGAUGCAACUGAUGUCACGUCUUCGAAUCAUGAACAUCCACCUUAGCGUGCAGGAUAUCCUACGCUAUCGUACCGUCGAGGCAUUGGUGUCCCAUGCACACAUAAGUCAUCAAGUAAGGGAUGAUGCGCUCGAAUUUGAAGAAAUCGUCGGCUGGUUCGACCUCACCCCGAUCCAAAAAAUGUUCUUCGAAAAGCAACCUAAUGGACAGAAGCAUUUCAACCAGAGCUUUGCGCUCAAGCUUGCCAAAAGCAUUUCAGACAACGAGCUUGAGCAGGCAUUGCAGACUCUGAUUGACCGACAUUCCAUGCUUCGUUGCCGAUACAGUAAAAGCGAAAGAGAUGGCAAUUGGCGACAGAGGGUCACAUCUGAAGUAGCGGAGUCAUUACUGUUCCUGCCCUCACAGCGGCUAAGUUAUGAUGAAAUGACGGGGACAUUCCGUGACAUGCAAACCCGGCUGGAUGUGGAGAAAGGACCAAUACUUGCUGGGACGACGUGCUAUGCCAACAAAGCUCAAUAUCUGUUCCUGACAGUCCACCAUCUGGUAGUUGACCUCGUGUCCUGGCGUGUUAUAUUGGAAGAACUGGAGGAGCUCUUGAUCCAUGGGGCACUUCAAUCGGAGCCCAGCAUCAGUUAUGCGAACUGGGCCAAACUACAGGCUCAAUACGCUGAAAGCAGCCUGUCACCAGAAGAUGUACUGCAUGCAGAUGCUCUGAGCCCAGAAUUUGAAUACUGGGGAAUGCUGAACCUGUCUAAUAUUGUAGCAGAUGCUAUCGAGACGUCGUUUUUUCUCGACAAGGAACGAACGAGCCUUUUGCUGGGAGACAGCCAGGAGACUCUAGGCACUCAGCCAGUUGAAGUGAUGGUCGCAGCCCUCAUUCACUCUUUUCGCAAGGUCUUUCAUGAUCGACAGGUUCCAGCGGUGUUUAUGGAGGGCCACGGUCGCGAGUCUUGGAAUCCAGCGAUUGACAUCACCCGUACAGUGGGAUGGUUUACCACUAUGUAUCCAGUCAGUGUGGAGCUGGGAGUUGACAAUGACUGGUUCCAGACGGUGAGGAAAACGAGGGAUGCUCGUCGACGAUUGCCUCGCAACGGCUGGUCAUACUUCACAGCCAGGCACCUCAACCCGCGGGCGUCACAGUUGGUUGAAACCUCCGACAUGGAAAUUUUGUUCAACUAUCUUGGCUUGUAUCAGCAGUUCCAGAGGCCGGACUCCUUGUUUCAACCGUCUGGCAUUGCCGGACAAGCUCUCCAGGACUUCAGCCCGUCCAUGGAGCGCUAUGCAUUGUUUGAAAUUUCGGCGGCUGUCGAGAAUGGCUGUUUACACUUCACCUUUGCAGUCAACAAGCAUAUGCAACAUCAGCCCGAUAUCCAGCACUGGGUGACAGAGUGUCACCGAGUUUUGGAAGACGGCAUCGAUCAACUCAUGGAGCAACCUGACGUCGCAACUCUUGACGAUUUCAGUACGCUGUUGGAGACACCUUCAGGCAUUCGCAGAUUGACGGAAGAAAUUCUGCCUGCCAUCAACAUUUCAGGCAUUGAUCAGAUUGAAAAUGUCCUCCCUGCUCGACCAUGCAACUUGGAAUCUUGCUGGGCCAACUGA